CUUUGUUCUGAUUCUGAAUGUAAUGAAAUAUUAUGGAAGUUCCUACAAUCACAAGCUAUCAUUCAAUCACCUUCAGUUCAAGAAAAACAAAUGAAGCCCCUUGUGGUUGAUUUGAUAAAAUGGCUUCAAAAUGGAUCAAAUUCCUUCUUAUCUUGACCUUGGUACUUCUUGCUUAUUUUGUUCCAGAGACUGAUGCGACAGGUCAAGCACCACAAAGAAAACCGCCAAACUGUAGUCAGUAUAAACGUAAAUCUAUGUGCACCAAAGAAAAGGACCCAAUUUGUGCAGACGACAGAGAUACUUACCUCAAUGAAUGCUUCUUCUGCAUCGCAAAGUUAAGAAGAAGAAUUAAAUUGAGAUAUUUUGGGAAGUGUAUAGAAGAAUAAUAGUACAACAAUAACCAAGAGGAAUGUUCGCACAGGGCCUUACCUUCCUAAUCAGGUGAAGUCUUCUAUGAUUCAAAAUGUGGAAUACAGAAUAUUGAAGAGUCUUUCCAAUGUGAACCUGUCAGUGAAUGAUUUUAUUUUCAUGUGAUUGAUGGUGAUGUGAAGCCAUGAUUUCUUAAUUUUUUAUAAGUCAUCAACUGUGAAUGUUAAUCAUAGAUGUUUUAAUCAAUAAAAUGUG